AUAACCUAAAAUUUAUUAUUGUUUAUUUUGAAAUAUAUUUGUAUAUUACAAGCAUAAAAAAUAUAAUUUGAAUAUAAUUUAUAGAACAUAAUAUACAGAAAAACGUUAAUAUUUAUUUUAUAAGUAAAAAUGAUGUUUCCAAUACCUGCCAAACAUCAUAUAUCAUGUAAAGCGAGCGUGGCUUGGAAUUUAUUAAAUAGUGUAUUUGUUAUAUAUAAACCAGAAUUAACACAUUAUUUAGGUAUACGAGAAACUAUAAUAAAACAUUUAUGUAGAGAUUUAAAUGAAAUGGAUGUUAGACCACCUGAUAAUUAUGUAAUGAUUGAAGGAAAGACCAACGAAAAACUCGAAGUUGUUGUCCGUCCUAAUUAUGGAGAUAAUCAACUAGUUGUUGGACCUCGUUAUCAACCUAGUGAUAUUAAUUUUUCUUCUGCAAAUCGUUUAUAUACAGAUAGUUGUGGUGUUUUAAUAUGCGGUAUUAACAGUGGUAAUUCAUUAAUAAACAAAAUUAGAGAAUCAAAACCUUCACGAUGUUAUAGACUCAAAGGAAUCUUAGGCCAGGCAACAAAUAAUCAUUUUAAAACAGGUAAAAUAAUAGAAAAAUCUACAUACAAUCAUGUCAGAAGAAUCAAUAUUGACAAAAUAUGUGCCUCGAUGCAAUCUUCUCAUCAAAAGAAAAUGUUUGAAUUAUGUGGAGUAGAUAUACAAAGUCAAACUGCAUAUGAAUUAGCAGUACAGGGUUUAAUUAGACCAGCUAAUUCAGAAAUUCCUGUAUUAUAUGAAAUAAAAUGUGUAAAUUUUGAACCUCCUGAAUUCACACUUGAAAUUGUUUGCAUCAAUGAAAAUGAGCAAUAUUUAAAAACAUUAAUUCACGAAUUAGGUUUAGAACUUCGUUCUACAGCUACUUGUACACAAAUACAAUGUUUUAAAUAUGGAUUAUUUGAACUACAACAUGCACUAUUGUCUAAAAAAUGGGAUAUAAUAUCUAUUCUAGAAAAUAUGAAAGUAUGUAGAGAAAUAUUAAAGGAAAAUGAUUAUUUAAUAAACCAAACUAGUCCUAUCUUGAUAAAUAAUGAUGAAUAAAUUUUGCUUAAAUGA